AUGGCGUACGACACCUCGAGCGGGUAUGCUCCGCCUAGCACGAGCAACAUGCAAGACGAUGCGUCGCUGCCCAUGUUCAACAUAGAGCGCGUGUCGUUGCAGUUCAACAUAUCAUCCGACUUUGUGGCGGCUGCUGUGGCCAACAAUGUCCUUAUACUCGCCCUUUCUACUGGCCGCAUUCUGCGCAUAGAUCUGGACAGCCCAGCCGAUAUAGAUGACAUUGAUCUACCGAAGAAGCCCUCAGAGAUUGGCGUCAUAAGGCGCCUCUUCCUCGACCCCUCCGCAUCACACCUCAUCGUAACUACGACCCUCGCGGAGAAUUACUACCUCCACACACAAUCGCGAACACCGAAAGCGCUCUCACGGCUGAAAGGCGUCGUCAUAGAGAGCGUAUCCUGGAAUCCAUCGCAGCCGACCGCAUCGACACGCGAGAUACUAGUGGGUGCCUCAGAUGGGAAUGUUUACGAGGUUUACAUUGAGCCCUCGUCGGAGUUUUAUAGGAGGGAAGAGCGAUACUUAAAGGGCGUAUAUCGGACGAAUGAUGGGCCUAUAAUAGGAUUAUGGACCGAUACUGUACCCGGUAGAACAGACCUGCGGAGAGUCAUCAUUGCGACACCCUCAACCUUCCUACAUUUCGCCGGCAAGGUUGGGCGACAAGGACAGGAGGGCAGCGGAUCGAUCUUCUCCAAGCUCUUCGAAUCCGAGUCUGCUACAGUGCAUGAGAUUCCGAAUGCGGCCCCGACCGCCACCUCGCUUCUUGCAGUCUCACCAGAAAGCCAAGAGAACCCAAAUACGGACCAUUCAAAUGCCGAGAGGAUAUUCGGCUGGCUUACGUCGCAAGGUGUGUUCCAUGGGAAGCUAUAUCUAUCGCAAGACGCGUCUGAGCUUGGCGGUAAGGUUCUAGGGGACUCAAGGAUGGUGCCUAGAUCGCUGAUCUCGCCUUCACAAACCGCUAGCGGACGUACAAGAAGAACACAGGAUGCAGUCACGUCUAUGAUACUCAGCCAGUGGCAUAUUCUUCAGCUAGUUGAGGGAAGGAUUGUAGCCAUCAAUCGCCUUGACGAUACUGUUGUCCUAGACCAAGUUGUGCUAGAGCCUGGCCAAAGUGCGCUUGGGCUGGUUGCCGACGUUAAAAAGAACACUUACUGGCUCUUUACUACCCAGGAAAUUUUCGAGGUUGUUAUCACAGACGAGAACAGGGACGUCUGGAAGAUCAUGCUCAAGGCGCAACAGUUCGAUGCAGCUUCACAGUAUGCGAAGACGUCGGCACAGAAGGAUGCGGUCGCCACGGCAUCCGGCGACUACCUCGUUGGCAAGAGCCAGUAUAUGGAAGCUGCCACAGUCUACGGAAGAAGCACCAAACCCUUCGAGCAAGUAGCGCUGACUUUCAUCGACAAAGGGGAACAAGACGCGCUACGAAAGUACCUACUCACUAAGCUCUCCACGUUGAAGAAGUCGUCCAUCAUGCAAAGAACCAUGGUGGCUACAUGGCUGAUUGAGUUGUACAUGGCAAAGCUCAAUACGCUCGACGAUACCAUCACAACAAAAGCCGAACUUUCUGAAAGUAUGAACGCGGCAGAAACGCACGACCAACUAUCUGUCAUUAGAAAAGAGUACCAAGACUUCGUGACCAAAUACAAGGCAGAUCUAGAUCGCAAAACCGUGUACGAAAUAGUCAGCAGUCAUGGUCGGGAAGAAGAGUUGUUGUACUUUGCUACAGUGGUAAAUGACUACAAUUAUGUCCUAUCAUAUUGGGUUCAGCGGGAGCGGUGGCCAGAGUCACUGGACGUUCUCAAGAGGCAGACUGACCCAGAGAUAUUCUACAAGUACAGUUCAGUCCUAAUGGCGCAUGUACCGGUCGAAUUGGUGGACAUCAUGAUGAGGCAUUCGACAUUUGACGCACAGAAGUUGAUCCCAGCGUUUCUGAACUAUAACAAUCAUACCAAAGUCGCCCUAAGCCAGAACCAGGCGGUUCGAUAUCUGCUCUUCGAAAUCAACCAGCACAACUCCACUGAUGCUGCUAUUCACAACACCCUCAUCUCCAUAUACGCAUCACAUCCGACGACCGACGAGUCGGCGCUCCUGGCCUAUCUUGAAGGCCAGUCGCUGGCUCACGAACAAAACUACGACGCCGACUUCGCUCUCCGCCUAUGUAUCCAACAUAAGCGCGUUUCGUCAUGUGUCCACAUAUACAGCUCCAUGGGCCAGUACGUGCAAGCCGUCGACCUAGCGCUCAAAUACGACGAAGUAGACCUCGCAAGCAACGUCGCCGACCGAUCCAACACCGAGCCCGCUCUGCGCAAGAAGCUCUGGCUCGCCAUCGCAAAGAAAGUCAUAUCCCAGUCCUCGGGCAUCAAAACAGCUAUCGAGUUCCUGCGGCGGGUGGAUCUUUUACGCAUCGAAGAUUUGAUUCCCUUCUUCCCGGACUUUGCCGUAAUUGAUGACUUCAAAGAGGAAAUCUGCACCGCUCUCGAAGACUACAGUCGCAAGAUUGAUAGCCUCAAGCAGGAAAUGGACGACUCGGAGUCGACGGCGCAGCACAUCAAGAGCGAUAUUAAGGCUCUCGAGCAACGGUAUGCCAUUGUCGAGCCGGGCGAGCGCUGCUACAUCUGCGGCUUACCUCUUCUUGCUCGUCAGUUCUUCGUGUUUCCUUGCCAGCAUGCAUUCCACAGUGACUGCCUCGCGAAGAAGGUCGUCGAACUUGCGGGUAUCGCGAGGGGCAAACGCAUCGCAGAGCUGCAGAUGGAUGUACAGAAGGGUACGAAGCUGGGGGCGCAGCGGGAAAAGGCGAUUAAAGAGUUGGAUGCGCUUGUUGGGUCGAGCUGCGAGCUGGCUGUUAAACUUGUCAAUGAGCCGUUUAUUAGCGCGUCGGAUAAUAGAGAUGAGUGGGCGUUGUGA